AUGGCUUCUUCAUCUCUUUCCCAUCUUCGCUCUCUUCUGCUGCUUCUUCUUCUUCUUCAUGUCCUUCCAGCAGUGUUAGCAAUCAGUACAUCUGAUUGUAACAUUACACUGGGCUCAUCUCUAUCAGCAGGAGACAACAAUCCUCUUGGGCAAUCUCCAUCAGGUGAAUUUGCCUUUGGAUUUCUUCGUCUUGGAGGACCACAAGCUGAUGAAGAUCUCUUCCUUCUAGCCAUCUGGUUGGCUAAAAUACCUGAGCUGACUGUAGUUUGGUCGAGGAAUGAAAAUCCAGUGCCCCGAAAAUCAAAAAUCACGCUAACCAAUGGUGGGGAGCUUAUACUGUAUGAUAGCAAAAACACAGAGCUUUGGAAGGCUUCUUCAAGUUCAACCAAUAAUAACAAACCCACUUGUGCUGCUAUGCUUGACUCAGGAAUUCAAACAUGCAAAAACAAAAGAGAGUGA